GACCUGUACUACGUCGACCCUUAACUAAACUAACUAACUCUAACUCUAUGCAAAAAGCAAAAAUGCAAUUUCACAGUGAAAGUUCAUACAAAGUGGAAUAGUAAACCUUUUGAAGUUUAAUCAAGUUUUUUUGUUUUGCUGCACAAAAAAAUGAGUGCAAAUACCAAAAGGACAAUUUACGUUGGAGGCCUAGCAGAAGAAGUAGACGAAAAGAUUUUAAAUGCAGCUUUCAUUCCAUUUGGUGAAAUAGUAGAUGUUCAAAUACCAUUGGAUUAUGAAUCUGAAAAACACAGAGGAUUUGCAUUUAUUGAAUUUGAAUCGGCGGAAGAUGCUGCAGCAGCAAUAGAUAAUAUGAAUGAUUCAGAAUUAUUUGGACGCACGAUUAGAGUGAAUAUUGCUAAGCCACAGAAAAUUAAAGAAGGUUCUUCCAAGCCUGUUUGGGCUGAUGAUGUUUGGCUGCAAGAACAUGCUGGUGAAACGUUAAACAUCGGAGACGAGGCAGCUGACAAAACAGACAACAAUAAAGAUGGAAGCACGAAAGGAAAACAAAAUCCACAGGUUUACUUUGAUAUAAAUGUUGGCAAGCAAGAACUAGGAAGAAUCAUUAUGAUGCUGAGAGCAGAUAUUGUUCCAAAAACCGCAGAGAAUUUUCGCUGUUUGUGCACUCAUGAAAAAGGUUACGGAUAUCAGGGCAGUACAUUCCACAGAAUUAUUCCAGAAUUCAUGUGUCAAGGUGGAGAUUUCACUAAUCACAAUGGUACAGGAGGCAAAUCAAUAUAUGGUCGUAAAUUUGAGGAUGAAAAUUUUGAACUUAAACAUGUAGGGCCAGGAACACUGUCAAUGGCCAAUUCUGGAGCAAAUACCAAUGGAUCACAAUUCUUUUUAUGCACAGCGCGCACAGAGUGGUUAGACGGAAAGCACGUUGUAUUUGGACAUGUUUUGAGUGGUUUGGAUGUGUUGAAAAAAAUGGAAAAGUAUGGUACCAAAGGUGGAACCCCCUCGCAAAAAGUUGUGAUAGCUUCUUGUGGAGAACUUACUUAACACUAGUUCUCGGUGGUUUU